CGGCGGCAGGAGGAAGAAGAAGCGGCGGCGGCGGCGCGUGUCAUGGCGGAGCUGGCGCAGGGCCCGAACGCGGCGCCCGUGGGCGGGAUCAAGGCCGAAGGCUUCGCCGACGCGCUGCACCGCGUCCGCCAGAUUGCUGCUAAAAUUGGAGAUAUUCCCCACUUGAAUAAUUCCACACCGCUUGUGGAUCCCUCCGUCUAUGGUUAUGGAGUACAAAAACGGCCCCUGGAUGACGGAAGUCUUCGUUUAAGUUGGCUCCAUGGAGCACAGAUAAGAGAAACCCAGAGAAUAGGUAACCAGUUAGGGGCCCUGGUACAUCAAAGGGCAGUAAUAACUGAAGAAUUUAAAGUGCCUGACAAGAUGGUAGGAUUCAUUAUCGGCAGGGGUGGCGAGCAGAUCUCCCGGAUCCAGGCAGAGUCGGGCUGCAAAAUUCAGAUUGCUCCAGACAGUGGCGGGAUGGCCGAGAGACCCUGUGUGCUCACUGGGACGCCAGAGAGCAUUGAACAAGCAAAGCGGCUAUUGGGACAGAUUGUGGACCGCUGUCGGAAUGGGCCCGGUUUUCACAACGACGUGGACGGCAACAGCACGAUCCAGGAGAUUCUUAUCCCGGCAUCCAAAGUGGGCCUGGUCAUCGGCAAAGGUGGAGAGACGAUAAAGCAGCUGCAGGAACGAACAGGCGUGAAAAUGAUUAUGAUCCAAGAUGGCCCUUUACCGACUGGAGCGGAUAAACCUCUUCGGAUUACCGGAGAUGCUUUUAAAGUACAGCAAGCAAGAGAGAUGGUACUGGAAAUAAUCCGCGAGAAAGAUCAGGCAGAUUUCCGAGGGGUACGCAACGACUUUACCUCCAGAAUGGGAGGAGGCAGCAUAGAGGUGUCUGUGCCCAGGUUUGCCGUGGGAAUCGUAAUAGGAAGAAAUGGAGAAAUGAUAAAAAAAAUCCAGAAUGAUGCUGGCGUUAGAAUUCAGUUUAAACCAGAUGAUGGGAUUAGCCCAGAAAGAGUCGCACAGGUCAUGGGUCUCCCGGAUCGGUGUCAGCAUGCGGCUCACAUAAUCAACGAGCUCAUUCUCACUGCUCAGGAACGUGAUGGUUUUGGAAGCCUUGCUGUGGCCCGGGGGAGAGGCCGUGGUCGUGGGGACUGGAGUGUCGGGACUCCUGGAGGUGUGCAGGAAAUCACCUACACGGUGCCGGCUGACAAAUGUGGUCUUGUUAUUGGCAAAGGUGGGGAGAACAUCAAGAGCAUAAACCAGCAGUCUGGAGCCCACGUGGAACUUCAGAGGAACCCACCUCCCAACACGGACCCCAACGUGCGGAUAUUCACCAUUCGGGGAGUCCCCCAGCAGAUCGAGCUUGCCAGACAUCUCAUAGACGAGAAAGUUGGCGGUACUAGCCUGGGGGGCCCUGGAGGCUUUGGGCAGAGCCCCUUCAGCCAGCCGCCUGCUACGCCUCAUCAAAACGGUCCUCAGGCAUUCAUGACGCAGAGUUGGGGUGGCACUUACCAGACGUGGCAGCAGCCUGGACAGCAGGUUCCAAAUCACAAUGGCACCCAGUCAGGCCAGGUGGAGUUUACCAAAGCGUGGGAGGAUUAUUAUAAGAAACUAGGUCAACAGACCCAGCAGCAGAACAGCCAGCCAGAUUACAGCAAGGCGUGGGAGGAUUAUUACAAAAAACAGAGUCACGCCGCUACUGCUGCUUCUCAAGCAAGCUCCCAGCCAGACUACACAAUGGCCUGGGCAGAGUAUUACAGACAGCAGGCGGCUUACUACGGGCAGACAUUAGGGCAGGCUCAGGCCCACAGCCAGGAACAGUAGGACAAUGUCUGCGUGACUUUUUUUC